AUGAGCAUUCACGCAAGUUGCUUAGCGUCAGCAGACACGCUAUUCUCGAAAGUGGGAACCUUACUACGUCCCACCUUGAAGAUUAGAACCUGUGGCGCUGUCCUGGGUCUCUGCCACGCCAUGUGUGGAGAAGCCGAAUACCGAAGUCUGCAGAGACAACUACCCAGUUUGAUAGCUCCCUCUCCCUAUGGGUCACCACGGUACCAAUCCACAUCCUUCUAUCCUCUGAACCCCGAUCCUCUGAACCCCGAUCCUCUGAACACGCCGGAUCCUACUAGCAAACCACAUCAGUCGAGGGACUUCCCUGAUGAUGGCCGUCCUCCUCCGCACCAAUCUCAGUCUGAACAACACUCGAUGGAGUCGAAGCAUUCCGUGGAGGAAGGUGACAAUCCGGAGCAUUAUCUCCAUCCGGAGCAUUAUCUCCAUCCGGAGCAUAAUUUCCAACCUAACGAGGAAUCAAGACGAUUGCCUAAAUUUGUGCGCAAGAAGAUCGAAGAAACGAACAACGAACAAGAUGACCAUGUACGAGACACACAAACCAGGGGGGGUCUAGGUAUCGUUUCUGGCGUUGGUUGGCCGGUAGAUCUUAAUGUAUUGAGUGAUGCGUUGAGCUCGUUGUUAGCUCCAGGCACAGGAUCAUUCAGCUGGCCGGAUCGUCAUACGUUGGCCAGUCGAGUUGCGGAAGUCAUAUUGGACGAUUACAAUGUGCUCGUGCGGCCGCGAACCUUCAGCGUCGUGGGAACUCCUGCGGGUGCAUCUUCGGCGGCGAGGCCGUCACGGGAACAUUAUCUUGCACCGAAGGAAUACCACGAAGGGUCAAGUCCCAUGUUUGUCACUGUAACCCCGGGCCGCAACGUCCUUCGUGGCUUGCCUCCUGCUGUACGGAACAUAGUUCGACAAGGGAAAUAUUUAACAGAAUUGGAGACGGAUCGGCAGUCAGCUCCGACUGCCUGA